AUGGCAGGCACGUUACCACCAUUGUUCCCCAUCUCAGAUGAGGACCACGGCGGGUAUGUCGCGGUCACUGUCUAUACCCUACUAAGUUUGACUGUGGCCACUGUCUUUGUGCGACUCUUUACAAGAUGGUAUAUCGCAAGAGCUGUCUACUCGGAUGAUAUCUUGCUCGCGGGCGCCACGGGAGUAGGAAUUCUCCAGAGUGCGCUUGUUCAGCUAUCCAUUGAUCAUGGUCUCGGCAAGAAGAUGCGCGUGGUUUCAACCAACGACUUGACCUCCUUCGACAAGUACAUGUACGGAGCGCAAAUCCUCCUGCUUGCAACUGCCGCCUGCAGUAAAUUCUCCCUGGCACUACUUUUCCGCAGUUUGACAGCCCAGGGCAACGUUUUGCGGCUUAGCCAGGGCUUGAUGGCGGUAAUUGGAUUAUGGACAUGUUCCUCAAUCGUGGCUGUGGCAUUCCAAUGCGCUCUGCCUCAUCCAUGGGAUAUCACAGGCCGUUGUGUCAAUCGGGAAGCACUGGCAAGUUGCAUCUGGACUAUGAAUAUUCUUACCGACGCAGCACUGGUUUUCCUCCCGUGCAUCGUGCUCCAGAAAGUCCAGAUCAGCGGGUUGAAGCGACUCCGGAUCAUGGCCAUGCUCGCCACUCGGUUGAUUGUCUGUGUAGCGACAGGGAUCCAAAUGCACUACGUGCAUAUUGCAGUUAGUUCGCCUGACCGGACAUGGGCAAACAUCAACUCCACUAUAUGGGAUCAAGUGAUGAUGAACCUCAGCAUCAUCACCACAGCCAUCCCAUCGCUCGGCCGCCUCAUGAUCGAACUCCAACCGAGUCACAAUGCAUUCGCUAUUACUGAGCGCCAUGGCUUUUCGGGUGACAAAUAUGCCAUUUCGUCACUUUCCGGCCACUUUGUACGCGAUCAUACUAUCAAUGACGGGCUGGGAACUCAUGCGUCAGUCCAUGGGCAACGUCAAGGCCGGAACGACGAUUCCGAAAGUACCGAGGGUCUAGUUGGUGAUGGAACGGAAGGUAAGAUUACAAAAACAGUGUAUUUUGAGGUCAAGUGA